GCGCUCGACUCGCCUUUCAGUUCUCAGGUUCUGGCAGUUUUGAUUCACUCUUCCUCCUCACGUCCGACCGUCUCCUACCUCAUCCCACCACUUUUAACGCUUUUUUUCUUUAAAACAUCUCUAUAAACCACCAUGGCUGAUACCGCUGUUGACACGACCACCACCACCGAGGUCACCGCAAAGGACCUGAAAGAAAAGAAGGAGGUGGUUGAAGAGGCGGCGGAGGCUGCGAAGGAAAACGGCAGCGAAGACGCACCUGCCAAUGGAAAUGGAACAACUACUAAUGGUGCUUCACAUAAAGAAGAGGAAACCCCUGAGGACGAAGAGGGUGGGGAUGAUGAGGAGGCAGGAGAGGAGGAGGAGGAAGAGAACGGUGCUGAGAAAGAGGCAGACGAACAUCCCGUGAAACGUCCAGCAGAAGAGGAGGAGGCAGUGGAAACAAAGAAACAGAAGACAGAGGAGAACGGCGACUCCACAGAGGCUGAAGUCAAAGCUUAAAGUUCUCGCUGCCCUUCAGUAGCUCUGUCUGUAUGGUCAGUUCGACCUAGUAGAGUUUGUGCUUUUCUGUAUAUUUCACAGACAUUCCUUUGCCGCUACAAGAUCUUUUCUUUUUUUUUUUAUUGCACUGAGGCCCAUAACAUCAUCAUGACCCUGUCCCCUUUUGUAAGACCUUAUUUAUUGGUGUAGGACCAACAUUAGAAACCUGUAUCAAAAAAAGAAACGACGGACAGUUUAUUUUAGCGCACGUUUAACAAGCACACAUUCUACUCUGUUAUUUGACCAGCGGAUGUACACGCAAGCAACUGAAAGCCUGAGGUUCAUGUCAUUUUUCAUGGGUGACAUUUUUCUGAUCCACUAAAGACCAAAGAUGAGUUUUAAGCAGGGGCUAAUAGACGAUGUUUAACUUGGUUGUGCUGCUAGAAGUUAAUCCCUCGCUUUAGCAGAUCAGUUAACAUAACAGAUGGCUCACAUGAACGAGAGGGUCUCCUUAGUCAACGCAUCGCCCGUCCGCCCCCUUUUUCUGAACGGCCUCUAACAUGUUAAUUAACCCCUUUUUAAAUCUUGAAGGUCUUUUGUUCCAUAUGCAUUUAAAAGGAUUAUAUCUUUCUAUCCUUAUGUACAGUUUUGGGGGUUUUUUGUUUUAUCAUUGUGUUUUAUAUGGGAAGUGCAGAAUGAAAACAAUCUAUAACAGAACUGUAUGCUGGUACUGGUGUUCUUUCAGUCCUUCAAGCGAAACCUUUUUUUAUUAUUGUGUUUUGGUUGCUUUUUGACCACUGCUUUGUAUAGUUUGGUUCAGGAUUAUAAAUAAAAAAAAAAACAAGUCUUGUCUUUUUAAAAAAAAAAAAAA